UCCUUCUUUCCCCCACCUCUUUCUCACUCCCGGUAGCCAAACGAAAAUUCUCCUCCUCCUCCGCCAUGGAGUCCAUCGCAGCCUCCGCAGCCAUCCCCGCCUCCCCCUCCCCACUCUCUCUCUUCUACCCCAAUCGCACCUUCUCCAAACGCCCUGCCCUCCUUCCCGUCGCCUCCAAGCAUAACGAAGGCGAAUCCGACAUCCACUCCGACUCCGAAAGCACCAAUCUCGUCCCCUUCCUCAACAACAGCGCCUCUAUUUCACCUCUCUCCAAGGAUGCGGCGAUGGGCCUCGUUCUGAGCGCCGCGGCUGGGAGAGGCUGGACCACUGGAUCGGGAAUGGAGGGCCCCCCGAUUCCCGCCGAAUCCGACUCCGACUCCACCGAUCGGACGGUCUCCACCUUCCCCUGGUCACUUUUCACCAAGUCCCCCCGCCGCCGGAUGCUCGUCGCUUUCACCUGCAACGUCUGCGGCCAGCGCACUACCCGCGCCAUCAACCCCCAUGCGUACACCGACGGCACCGUCUUCGUUCAGUGCUGUGGUUGCAAUGUGUUCCAUAAGCUGGUGGAUAAUCUGAAUCUGUUUCACGAGAUGAAGUGUUACGUGAACCCGAGCUUCCGUUAUAAAGGUGACACACCAUUCAAUUACCUGGGCGAAGAUGAUGGUGAUGAUGAGAAUAUCUUCCCUAUAUUCUGAGAUGAGAUAAGGAAUGAUGGCGUAGAAUGAUCUGUACAUUGGUGGCCUCUUUGCUGUCUCUUUAUAUGAUACUAAUAGAUAAAUAGGAAGCAUGUAUUGAUAUUGCAGUGGUUCCUUUACUUUGUAGACUCUAAAUUGUUCUCAGAUGUAAAUAUUUGUUACUGUUCUAGUGCAGAGCCUUAUAGUCUAUUAAAUCAUUCCUCACCUUCCUCUA